UUUCUAGUUAUCGUUAUCUCGUACCCCCAGUGCAACAGCAACUCUUUGUCAUGGCAGCACCUGUUCAUGCCCAGCCGCAGAAGAAUACAGACUACCCUGCACCUUCCUAUGGUCAAGGGCCAGUGCCACCAGGUCAAGUGCCUCCUCAAGCACUAGGGAUGAUGCCUGUCCCACAGAGACCCCUCGGCUGUCCACCAGGGCUUGAGUACCUGAGCCAGAUCGACCAGCUUCUCGUUCAUCAGCAGGUGGAACUGGCUGAAGCGCUCCUGGGAUGGGAGACCAAUAAUAAGUACAGUGUGAAGAAUAGUAUUGGACAGCAGGUAUACUUUGCAGCAGAGGACAAUGACUGCUGUAACAGACAGUUCUGUGGACCACUGAGAUCUUUUGUCCUGCAUGUCCAUGACAACGUGGGUCAGGAAGUGAUCAGGGUGACACGCCCACUCAAAUGCGGAUGCUGCUGUUGCCCUUGUUGUCUGCAAGAGCUGGAGGUCCAGUCUCCUCCUGGAUACCCCAUUGGAUAUGUAAUACAGGAGUGGCAUGCAUUCUUGCCCAAAUUCACCAUUCAGAACGAGAGGAAAGAGCCUAUCCUAAAGAUUUCAGGACCAUUCUGCACAUGUAAAUGUUGCACUGAUGUGAACUUUGAGGUUUUGUCUCUGGAUGAAUCAGCUAGUGUGGGCAGGAUUUCCAAGCAGUGGAGUGGCAUGGUGCGGGAGCUCUUCACCGAUGCAGAGAACUUUGGCAUCACAUUCCCUCUGGACCUGGAUGUGAAAGUCAAGGCCACGCUUCUCGGGGCAUGUUUCCUCAUGGACUUCAUGUUCUUCGAGCACAGUAGAUAA